AUGCCCGAGAUAUCAGCCGAUGCGGCAGAUAUCAUUAAACUGAUACGAGGGCUGGAGCUCCUUGAUGAGCCCACCAUUAUCUUGUUGGAGCAACUCCUUUCUAACCGUUCGGAUGAGGGGCUAAUACAAUAUCUCAUCGCUGGCAAGGAGGAUCUGAUAACUGUUUCCAUUUUUCGUAUAUGCAACAGUGCCCAAACCUCGCACAUUCUUAGUUAUGUACUCCACUUCUUUGCUGAUAUCGUAUCACGAAAACCCAUACUCGCAAUCCAGCUAGGUCGUGCAGACCUUAUUAGUCAAUUUGGGGCCAACCCUGCUAUGACCUUCAUGCGGUUUGUGAGAUUGAACCCAACUGACCUGAGUAUUGUCAAUCCGGCGCUCUACCUAGCGUCUACAGCUCUCCGUUAUGGCGAAUACAAAGCAAACACUGAUGCAUUUUCGGCAUUUUUUGCUUAUGCCCGCUUCGCCCAAUCAUCCGACAUACUUCAUAUAGAUGAGGUUCAGUUUGUACUUCGGGGGUGUAUACAAAUCGCACGGCGGAAAGAGUAUCGCGAACUUUUUUUUAAGGAAAAAAUGGUUUCUUACAUUCCGCGUCUUCUGACAGAAAUCGUUUCAGAUGACUCAGGAAGUAUUAUUCAACUAAUUUACGAAACCCUUACCUUUGCUUGGUUGCUUUCGUUUGAAUACAAAGGCAUCGUUUGUCUGGUUAGGGAAAAGAUAAUCCCGCAACUUCGCCGUGUUUUACAGCGCGUUCAAAAAGAAAAAUGCAUUCGCAUAUCCCUUAUGAUUCUUUGGAACAUGGCCGAAGCGGAACGCAAGUACAUUGCUCAUAUGCUUAACCCACUUUCGAAUGAAUGGAUAGAUGAUCGGAUAGAUGUAUUGGGCAAUCUGAAUGUCAGUGGCAUGGUCAGUAUGGGUGGUUUGGAACUAAACAGUAGACUCCGCAGAGGGGCCUCUCUAGUCUCUGAGAUGGUUAGUGUUGGACUGCUCAAAAGCCUCUCACAGUUGAAACGCCGCAAGUUCGGCGAUGAGGACGUAAGUGAGCUCAUACAGCGACUUGAAGACGCGCUAGAGUCUUCAAUGGAAGUCCUCACCAGUUUUUCUGAGUACCGUGGUGAGGUUUUGACCGGUGUCCUGGAAUGGAGCCCAGUUCACACAAAUGAAAGGUUUUGGAUUGAUAACGCUCAUAGAUUUGAUGAAAACGACUACGAAGUUGUAAUCGCACUUGGUACAAUCAUUCUUCAAACAAAAGACGACACAACGUUAGCGGUGGCUUGUCAUGACCUUGGCAAGGUAGUGAGCCAUCAUCCAUCUGGGAGAACCCUAUUGUCUCUGCCAGGUAUGGAGGAUGUGAAAGAGCGCGUGAUCAGUCUUAUGUCUAGCGAGAGUGCCAAUGUGGCAAAAGAGGCGUUAUUGUGCACUCAAACAAUUAUGAUUCGGCGAUGA